AUGUCCUGGAAGGACACCAACCUCCACAAACGCAUCCUGCGCGACGCCGAAGCCGGCGGAUACGGGGUCAUCGCCGCCAUCGCGUACAACAUCGAACAAGUCCUGGGUCUAGUCCGGGCAGCCGAGACCGCUCGUUCACCUCUCAUUAUCCAAUUCUUUCCAUGGGCGAUCGAAGCGACCGAUGGGUUGCUCAUACGGACCGCCGCGGAUGCUGCCCGACGCGCGACGGUCCCUAUCAGCAUUCACCUCGACCAUGCGCAGUCGGAAGAUAUCAUUAAACGGGCGGCGGAUCUACCGUUUGAUAGUAUCAUGGUCGAUAUGUCGCAUUAUGAGAAGGAGGUCAAUUUGAAGAAGACUCGCGAGUUGGUGCGAUAUUGCAAUGAGCGACAGAAAGCUACCGAGGCCGAGCCGGGGCCGUGCAUGACGACUGCUGAGGAGGUGGAUGAGUUUGUGGAUACGGGGGUGGAUGUACUCGCCCCGGCGUUUGGGAAUGUUCAUGGUGAAUACGGGGCGCGUGGUCCGCAGUUGGAUUUCGAACGGUUCGAGAGGAUCCGCGAGCAGGCCAAUGGACGAGUCAACCUGGCACUUCAUGGCACUAAUGGAUUCCCUCCUGAGUUGAUGAAGCGCUGCGUCGCCGCGGGAGUGAGCAAGAUUAAUGUGAACAAACUCGUGUUGGAUGACUACUAUGACCAUCUUCGAUCGAGCGUGUACAAGAUGCCACACACUCAGUUGAUUGAGGAAGGCAUUCAGAAAGUGGUAGACCUGACAGUCAAGUGGAUGGAGAUUUGUGGGUCUGCAGGACGGGCAUGA